UCUGUGUGCUAGAAGCAACCACCUGGACAUGUUCGAGCACAUCAGCCUCGUGACCUUGGACAGCCUUCAGAAAUGCAUCUUUAGUUAUAACAGUGAUUGCCAGGAGAAGCCAAAUUCCUACAUCUCAGCCAUUCAGGAAUUGAGUGCCCUGGUGGCAAGCCGCAACAAGCAUCUACUCUUAUACUGGGAUGGCUUGUACUACCUCACCAGCCAGGGGAGGCACUUCUCCCGGGCCUGUCGCUUGGUACAUGACUUCUCAGAAGCUGUCAUCCAGGCCCGGCGCCAUAUCCUUGACACAUAUGGUCCUGAAGCUUAUUUCAGUGACAAAGGCAAAGGCAAGAUCAUGGAUUUCAUAGAUAUUCUGCUGCUGGCCAAGGAUGAGGAUGGGAAGCCUCUGUCAGACAAGGACAUACAAGCAGAAGCUGACACCUUUAUGUUUGAAGGGUAUGACACAACUGCAAGUGGAAUCUCCUGGGUCCUCUAUAACCUGGCACAGCAUCAGGAACAUCAGGAUCAUUGUCGACAGGAGAUACAGGAACUCCUGAGGAGACGUCAACCAAAUGAAAUUAAGUGGGAUGAUCUGUCCCAGAUGCCCUUCCUAUCUAUGUGUAUCAAAGAGAGCCUGCGGUUGUACCCACCAGUUGUAACUGUCAUCCGCUGCUGCACCAAGGAUAUUCAGCUGCCUGAUGGUCACAUCAUUCCAAAAGGCAUUAGCUGUCUUGUCAACAUCUUUGGAAUCCACCACAAUCCAACUGUGUGGACCAACCCUGAGGUCUUUAACCCAUACCGCUUUGACUCCAACAACUCUCAGAAGAUGUCACCACUGGCAUUUAUGCCCUUCUCAGCUGGACCCAGGAAUUGCAUUGGCAAGAAUUUUGCCAUGGCAGAGAUGAAGGUUGUGCUGGCCCUCACCUUAUUGCACUUCCGGGUCUUCUCAGAUGGAUACCUAUCUCAAAGGAAGCCAGAACUGAUUCUCAGGGCUAAAGAUGGACUGUGGCUGAAGGUAGAACCAAUUCUGGAUCCCUGCAGCCCUGGACCAUACCUGGCAAAAGUACCCCAGGAAUAAUGGAGAGGCAUUUUCUCUUAACAUAGGCAUAGGGUAGUCAUAGGAUUCUGAUGACUGCCUGCUUUUCAAAUCAGGACUAUUUUGAUUGUGAUUCUCCUGAAUA